UAAAAAUGGCGGCGCCUCGUCGCCCUUCUCAGCAGCAACAACAGAGCAUAUCCUCGCCAUCUCGCAGUACUUAUCUUUCCCCCACUCCUCCGGGAUCUCCUACAGUUCCCGGUGGUGGAGUAAUUUUGGCUCCAGCCGGUGCUGAACUAGACAGCGCCGGUGAUCAGGAGUUAACUCCGGCCUCCCCCGAUAUCCCCGUCCCGGCCCUGAGCAGUAGCACCAGCUCCUCUAACGUUAGUACCACCGGGGGUGGCAUCAGCGCUGGCCCCAGUCCUGACUCAGGCAGCACUAGUCCCGCGGGCGGCGACUGCGGGACAAGCGGGGCUUUCAGAGAGUUGUUUGAAGCCUGUCGCACUGGGGAUGUAUCGCGGGUGAAGAGGCUGGUGGAUACGGUUAACGUCAAUGCCAAGGACAUGGCUGGUCGAAAAUCCACUCCUCUGCACUUCGCUGCAGGAUUUGGGAGGAAGGAUGUUGUAGAGCACCUCCUUGAGACAGGCGCCAAUGUUCACGCCCGUGAUGAUGGAGGUUUGAUCCCUCUGCAUAAUGCCUGCUCCUUUGGCCACGCUGAGGUGGUCAGCCUGCUCCUCUGUCAGGGUGCCGACCCAAACGCCCGGGACAGCUGGAACUACACACCACUCCACGAGGCUGCCAUCAAGGGCAAAUUAGAUGUGUGCAUCGUGCUGCUCCAGCACGGAGCUGACCCCAACAUACGCAACACUGACGGCAAGAGUGCCCUGGACCUGGCCGACCCGUCCGCCAAGGCUGUACUCACCGGUGAAUACAAGAAAGACGAACUCCUGGAGGCAGCUAGGAGUGGAAAUGAAGAGAAGCUCAUGGCCCUGCUCACUCCGUUAAACGUCAACUGCCACGCAAGUGACGGCCGCAAGUCGACAUCUCAAAAAAUGCUGUCCACCCCUCUCCACCUGGCUGCAGGGUACAACCGGGUCAGAAUAGUCCAGCUCCUACUACAGCACGGUGCCGACGUACAUGCAAAGGACAAAGGGGGUCUGGUUCCUCUCCAUAAUGCCUGUUCAUAUGGUCACUACGAAGUGACAGAGCUGCUGCUGAAGCACGGAGCGUGUGUUAAUGCCAUGGACCUGUGGCAGUUCACCCCUCUCCACGAAGCUGCCUCGAAGAACCGCGUGGAGGUGUGUUCUCUGCUGCUGAGCCACGGGGCUGACCCCUCCCUGGUCAACUGUCACGGGAAGAGUGCUGUGGACAUGGCCCCCACCCCAGAGCUCAAAGAGAGACUCACCUAUGAGUUUAAGGGUCACUCUCUGCUCCAGGCAGCGCGGGAGGCAGACAUGGCCAAGGCCAAGAAGACCCUUGCUCUAGAGAUUAUCAACUUCAAACACCCACAGACCCACGAGACGGCACUGCACUGUUCAGUGGCCUCUCCUCACCCCAAGCGGAAGCAGGUCACAGAGCUGCUGUUACGUAAAGGUGCCAACGUCAACGAGAAGAACAAGGACUUCAUGACUCCCCUACACGUGGCUGCUGAGAGGGCACACAAUGACAUCAUGGAGGUGUUGCAGAAACAUGGAGCAAAGAUGAAUGCACUGGACACCCUGGGGCAGACAGCCCUGCACCGUGCUGCCAUGGCAGGACACCUCCAGACCUGCAGACUGCUGCUGAGCUACGGCGCAGACGCCUCCAUCCUCUCACUACAGGGAUUCACCGCCUCACAGAUGGGCAACGAGGCCGUGCAGCAGAUACUCAGUGAAAAUGUACCUGUGAGGAACUCUGAUGUAGACUAUCAACUCCUGGAGGCAGCUAAAGCUGGAGAUCUGGACACUGUGAAGUCAUUGUGCUCUCCACAGAAUGUGAAUUGUCGGGACCUGGAGGGUCGUCACUCCACUCCACUGCACUUCGCCGCCGGUUACAACCGUGUGGCGGUGGUGGAGUACCUGCUGCAUCAUGGGGCCGACGUCCACGCUAAAGACAAGGGAGGUCUGGUGCCCCUGCACAACGCCUGUUCUUAUGGUCACUAUGAGGUAGCUGAGUUGCUGGUGAGACAUGGGGCGUCGGUGAAUGUGGCAGACCUAUGGAAGUUCACUCCUCUCCACGAGGCUGCAGCCAAGGGCAAAUACGAGAUCUGCAAGCUGCUCCUCAAGCAUGGGGCAGACCCGACCAAGAAGAACCGUGAUGGAAACACUCCUCUGGACAUGGUGAAGGAGGGGGACACGGACAUCCAGGACCUGCUGAGAGGAGACGCUGCCCUGCUGGACGCUGCGAAGAAAGGCUGUCUGGCCCGCGUCCAGAAGCUCUGCAGCCCAGAGAACAUCAACUGUAGAGACACACAGGGACGCAACUCCACCCCCCUGCACCUUGCAGCUGGCUACAAUAACCUGGAGGUAGCAGAAUACCUGCUGGAGCAUGGAGCUGAUGUCAACGCCCAGGACAAGGGGGGCCUCAUCCCCCUCCACAACGCUGCCUCUUAUGGGCAUGUGGAUAUAGCUGCUCUCCUGAUCAAGUACAACACGUGUGUGAACGCUACAGAUAAGUGGGCCUUCACCCCGCUCCACGAGGCGGCUCAGAAAGGCCGGACCCAGCUAUGUGCUCUGCUACUGGCCCACGGAGCUGACCCUAGCAUGAAGAACCAGGAGGGACAGGCGCCACUGGACCUGGCUACGGCUGAUGACAUCAGAGCGCUGCUGAUAGAUGCCAUGCCUCCAGACGCCCUGCCCAGCUGCUUCAAGCCUCAGGCCACAGUGGUCAGCGCCUCAGUGGUCAGUACAGCGGUCAUCUCUCCAGCCUCCACGCCCUCCUGCUUGUCUGCAGCCAGCAGCAUAGACAACCUGUCCGGGUCCCUCAGCGAGCUCACUGUGGCUGGAGCCACUGGGCCUGCAGAUGGAGCCACCGGCUCCGACAGGAAGGACAAAGAGACUAUUGUAGACAUGAACAUCAGCCAGUUCCUGAAGAGCUUGGGGUUGGAGCACCUGCGUGACAUCUUCCAGAGGGAACAGAUUUCGCUGGAUGUCCUGGCUGAUAUGGGCCACGAGGAGCUGAAGGAGAUUGGGAUCAACGCCUACGGUCACCGCCACAAACUCGUCAAAGGCGUGGAGAGACUCCUGAGAGGACAGCAAGGUGCUAAUCCGUACCUGACGUUCCACUGUGCCAGUCAGGGUACGGUGCUCAUAGACCUGGCCACGGACGAUAAGGAGUUCCAGUCUGUAGAAGAGGAAUUGCAAAGUACGAUCCGAGAGCACCGGGACGGGGGCAACGCAGGUGGGGUCUUCAGCAGGUACAACAUUCUAAAGAUCCAGAAGGUGGUGAAUAAGAAGUUGAGGGAGAGAUACUCACACAGACAGAAAGAGAUCGCUGAUGAAAACCACAACCAUCACAACGAACGCCUGCUCUUCCACGGUUCUCCAUUCAUCAACGCUAUCAUCCAUAAGGGCUUUGACGAGCGGCAUGCCUACAUCGGAGGCAUGUUCGGAGCGGGAAUCUAUUUUGCAGAGAACUCCUCCAAGAGUAACCAGUACGUGUACGGGAUAGGAGGGGGCACAGGCUGCCCCACUCACAAAGACCGUUCCUGCUACCUCUGCCACAGGCAGAUGUUGUUCUGCAGAGUGACCCUGGGCAAGUCCUUCCUCCAAUUCAGUGCCAUGAAGAUGGCCCACGCCCCCCCUGGACACCACUCAGUAAUCGGCCGGCCCAGCGUCAACGGACUGGCGUACGCAGAAUAUGUCAUCUACAGAGGAGAACAGGCGUACCCAGAAUACCUCAUCACGUAUCAGAUCCUGAAACCAGAGAGCACACCCUCCCCCACAGCCGGAGCAGAACAGAAGACCUAAUCCAGACUCAACCAGACUAACACACACCCACCUUUGCUGGGAGAGAACGAAUCACAGAGACUGUUACCCAAAUCACUACUUCACACAUUCUGGGCUGAGCCGGGAUGAACAUCAGCCCCUUAAAUGACCUCUACACCCCUGGAAGGAUGUCUUUCCUCCACUAGUUUUUUGUUCUAUUUCACUCACUAUAAAUUACCGGUUCCUCAUAACCACCACCCUUUAUUUUCCCAAAUGUUUAUUUUUUAUUUUUUCCUUCGUCCUUCUUUAGUGUUUACUUGAAAAUGUUGCCUUCACUGGGAAUUGUCUAAUGUUGUCGCCUGUCUCAGAGCUCAUGCUCCCGGGUCUCUCGCUCAUGGUUGCCACUGGGGAUUGUUGACACUCGUUAAGGCCAAAUAGAGAGAACGAAGCGGAUAAAGUUCAGGUUAGGUUAGAGAUGGGGACUCAAAGCUCAUUGGUUAGCGGUAAGGCUCAGAGAUAAGGACUCUUGCCAGUCUGCCUUUACCUAAAUGAUAGCUUCCCCAGUGAAGCAUGGCUGAGACUCCUCUACUGUGCCUAUCACUCAGAUGGAUAUGUAGGUAGAAAUCAGGGUGGAUGUACUAGUAUGCAGUAUACCAGCCUCAAUCCCAGCCCUGUUUCUUCAUCAAGCCUGGCAAGGGAAGAUGCGGUACACAGACCCCAGACCCAGAUCAUGCGUGACUGAAAACAACCAAUAACCUCUCCCUUUCUGUUCCAGCAACACAAAUAUCAUUUCUUUAGCUCAUCAAACAUUACACUUCAUUUAUCCUAUUAGCUCUGUAUUAUUUUAUUGUGCUAUUUCCAUGAUUGUUUUACUUUAUUGUUUUAAAAGAUGAUGUAUAAUGGGACCAGACCUGGAGGUUUUUGACCCCUUUGUUUUUUAAAAGUUGAGAUGAUAUAAGAUAUCCCUCUCUGGGACCAUUAGGGGUUCCCUCUCUGGGACCAUUAGGGGUUCCCUCUCUGGGACCAUCUGGGACCAUUAGGGGUUCCCUCUCUGGGACCAUUAGGGGUUCCCUAUAUGGGACCAUUAGGGGUUCCCUCUCUGGGACCAUUAGGGGUUCCCUCUCUGGGACCAUUAGGGGUUCCCUCUCUGGGACCAUUAGGGGUUCCCUCUCUUGGGACCAUUAGGGGUUCCCUCUAUGGGACCAUUAGGGGUUCCCUCUCUGGGACCAUUAGGGGUUCCCUCUCUGGGACCAUUAGGGGUUCCCUCUAUGGGACCAUUAGGGGUUCCCUCUAUGGGACCAUUAGGGGUUUAUUUUCUGUUACUGGAACUGAUGGGAAAUCCCUAAAGGUUUCAGAUUGUGAAAUUGAGUUAUGUGAGAAAGUAAAGCAAGCUAUGAGACAUUACUAUUAUUAAUAUAACAUUACUUUGCACAAGAAAAACACUGAACAUCUGACUUUUCAUUACCAUUUCCCAUCCAGUCAAACUCAUCUUUUAAUGGAUUUGCACUUUUAAACGGGAAUGAUUUUUAAGUUAUUUGAAAAUGUAUUGAAAAUAACGUUGAAAAAAAGAUGUCCAGUAUUGUAGUGUGUAGCAGACGAUGCCUUUGUAAAGCUCACCAUGUUGUUAACGGAUGAAGAGUGGGCUGUAUUAGUACUGUAAAUUAUUUGUUUGUUUUUUGGUGGGGAUGAAAGGGAUUAUUGUAGCUGUUUUUCCCGAUCUCUUUCAUGGUCACUUCCACAUUCAUCCCUCUGCUCUGUAUCCUCUUUGAGAAGUAAACAAUAACUUGUCUUGCUUCCUACUGGUUUUGUCAAUCAUUCUCUGGGAAAUAACAGUUUGAAGCAAUGGCUGGUUUGAUUGUCACAUCCUGUAGUCUGUAUUGGAGGACACUGUCUCCCUGUGUCUCCUCACUCUCACUAGCUGGGCUCUAUCUGCAUCUGCUGGUGUGGUACUCUACCAUCCUUGCUGUUUCAGAUACCAGCUCCAGAACUGUCUGCGCUUUGACCGGGAUGUUAACCUAUCCAUUUACUACAACCUGUGUAAGUCCCAAAUACCACCCUAUUCCCUAUAUAGUGCACUACUUUUGACGGGUUCCCUACUGGUCCUGGUCCAAAAUAAUGCACUAUAUAGGGAAUAGGGGGCUAUUUGGGACUGAACCCUGGUCUUAAAGGAAAACACCACUCAAACUAUUUUUUGGUAUUUGUUUCAUUAGUCUGCUGUUGAUAGUUUUACAUGUCAGCAAUCAAGUUUUCAAGAUAUAGAACUUUCAAAAUACAGAAUGUGUCCCAGUAUGAAGCGACUAAUGAAACAAUACCAAAAGAUAGUUUGAGUGGAAUUUUCAUUUAAUCUCCACUCUUCUCUUCAGACCAACACCUGGAGAGAGCCUCGAUGCCUCUUACUUACUUCCUACUACAGUUCUUAUCUUAUUUUUUCACCAUUUUAUUUUGUUUUUCUGAUGCUGAAAAGAUCCAGUAAUGAAUGACACACUGACUAUCAUGUACCACAGCUGAUUUGGAGAGUAAUGUAACACUCCUCAGUGUUGUAAAGAAGUAUUAAUAAAGUACAUAACUGUCCAA